AUCCAUUUGAGAUGCACAGUACACUCACUGUAUACUAUAUCUUCAAGAUACCAUCCGUUCCUGACGCGCGCCUUCUUGUUCAGGUUAGGUGAUACUAACUGCAUAUGCAGCCCACUUGUGCGAUGACUCGAGCAACAUCAAAAGGGCGCAGAGGAACCCUCGAGGACCCUCUCAGGGUAGUAAAUUCAUUCACACUCCGUACGCGAUAGCAUAUUGCAUUGUAAUACAGGCCGAGAAAGACCAAUCUCAAUAGCCUCCGCGCGAGUAGCUGGAAAGCAUCACGUCUCACACGGUUCCAAUCCAGUUCUCACCUUGAUAGCCUCAAUCGCAAUGGCUGUCAGACCAGACCCUGAGCUGAUACCUGACGCUCUUCGUCCGUUCGACACAGUCCGCCUCGCGUUUCGCGCGGUGCGCCAACCACAAGAUCUCCCUCUAUACCUAGCCAUCGGCAACGAUCAAGAUGGUUUCAUGAACAGCAACUUUACCAACACUAGUCUGCCGUCCAACGCCGAUGCGACGAAGUUCAUGAAGAGCAUCGCCGACUCCCUCCUUGGCGCAACAAUUUGGCUGAAAGAUAACGCAACUUCGAAAGAAGGCGUUGAGACGCCCAACAACGACGCGCCUUCAGGUGAUCUGAAAAGCGAAUGGGGGACAGCAAUCGGCGAAAUUCAUCUCAGCAAACUUCCGGUCGGCGCUGUACACCACAGGUGGACCGAGAUUGGCAUCGAUAUCCUCCCUGCAUUCCAAGGGCGAGGCUAUGGGCGUGAGGCUAUUGAAUGGGCUCUAGACUAUGCAUUUCGCCGUGCCGGACUACACAGAGUGAGGAUCCGGGCGUUUGAGUGGAACGUGGGGGCAGUGAGACUGUACGAGAAGAUCGGUUUCAAGGUGGAGGGCAGGGAGAGGGAGGCUCUUUGGCACGAGGGACGUUGGUGGGAUGGAAUAGAAUUCAGUAUAUUGGAAGGUGAGUGGUGGAGUAUGCAGAGGGAAAGGGAGAGAAAGAGCAGUCAGGAAGAUGGGCGAAGGACAAGUCGGGCUAUCAGAAUUGAGUCAAGCCAGUAGCGAAGCACCAGGCAGUAGUUUGGAUAUUGUUGCGAUGGAACCUGGCAGGUCGUCGAGAUAAGCACAAUUCUUGGUCGCAUUGUACCUAUCCUCUGCGUGACCAUGCUCGGUCGAGACAAAAUCCGCAACCUACAAUUAUCCCGUCUCUACAUGCCGACUCACGACCUGGAGCGACGUUAUCUUGAUCUUCCG